AUGCCCCCCUUCUGGAGCUCGAAAAAGAGCAAGAAGCUUGAAGUUGAUACGCAUUCGCAUUCGGGAGGGUCGAUAUCCAAGUCUCCUUCACCCGCCCCAGAGGCGUCUGGACUUCGCACCCAAUUCCCGACAUAUGCCUCGUCUGCUACGAAGAUCCGACUCUCAGUCCUUGCCACAGCGUUGGUCGACGCUCUCGGCGCUCCCCCGGAAUUCCACAAGCGUUUCGAGUAUCCAUUCGUGACCUCCAUGCUUCCGAACGGCAACUUCAAUCUACCACCAGGCGUCUGGACAGACGACACCUCCAUGAUGCUCUGCCUCGCCAACUCUAUCUCGACAUUCAAAGAAACAGCCGAUUCUCCCUACACCGGUGGAUUUGACGAAGUUCACCAACUCGAGUUCUACAAUCGUUGGCAUAAGGAGGGCUACCUUUCGGCUGUCGGGCGCUGCUUCGACAUUGGGAACACCGUUAAGCGCGCGCUACAGAUCUUCGGCCAGUACUCCAACCCUGAAGAAGCGCUCCUCCGCAUCCGGAGUGAUUUGGGGGGCGAAUCGACAUCGGGGAACGGAAGCUUGAUGCGCAUCAUCCCCAUCGGUUUGGUCUACUGGCGGGACGAAUCCCAAGCGAAGUCAUACGCGAGGCGGAGCAGCCAGGCUACUCAUCCGAGUAUAAUGUGCGUCGAGGCAUGCGAGAUGUGGACGGGCUUGAUAUCUCUCAUCAUGGAGGAGAUGAACGACCCACGGCCGGCGUCCGAGCGCGAUCCUAACACCCAGUUCUCGAAGCUCAACCUGCUCGAAUAUAUUUCGAACUUCCCGUUCACCGACAACAAACUUCACGAGGCGCUGACACUGCCAUUCGGUGUGCCAUUAAGGCCAGAAGGGAGAGCAGAGCGCGAGCAGUGGUAUUGGCGGCACCAUCCGCUCCUCCGCCUCAUCCAGGAGACACAAUUACCAGCGAACAUUAAGGAGCCGAGGUUCCCUUAUGCAAUCCCUCCUAUCGAUCGACUCCCGUCGUCGGGGUAUGUCUUGCACACUUCCGUUGCGGCUCUUUACUGCUUCUUCGCUACAAGGACUUUCGAGGAGGGUGCCCUGAUGGCAGUGAAUCUCGGAGACGACGCGGACACGGUCGGAGCUGUUUACGCAGGCCUCGCUGCUUGCUGGUACGCUGGCGAAGAGGGAAAGGCGGAGGAGGUGUUCUGGACGAAACGGGUGAGGGAGUGGAGGAAGGCCUUGAUUAAACGAGAACUAGUGGAACGGGUAGCUGAAAACCUCGUUGCAUGGGAGCGAAAGCAAGAGGACAUGUAA